AUGUUCGCAAUAGUUCCAGUUAUUGUAGCAUUAAGGAAAAUGGUUACCAGAACCAGAGGUAGAGGAUUUAAAAAUGUACACGGAAAACCGAGACAUUCGCAAAGUCAAGGGUCCGUCGAAAGGGCCAAUCAAGAUGUGGAAAACAUACUUGCCACUUGGUUACAAGACAAUAAAACAAAAAAAUGGAGUGAAGGACUAAAAUUUGUCCAAUUGAUGAAAAAUCGAUCGUUACAUCAUGGAAUAAAAUGCAGUCCAUAUGAAGCAAUUUUUGGAUGUAGCGCUAAAAUUGGAUUAAAAUCAUCGGUACUUCCAAUAUCAAUAAUUAAUAAAUUAAAAACUGAAGAAGAUUUAGAGGCAGCUAUUACAUCCAUGAAUACUGGUGAUCAUUGUGAAGUUGAUGACAUAUUGAUUGAAGAAAAUAAUUAA